CUAGAAGAAAUUUAAAGCUUCCCAAAAGCAGAGGUUUUAUUUUUAGCAGUCGUCUAUAUUUACUUGUUUGGAAAUUAUUAACUGUAGAAAUAGAGAUUUAGAUCUAGAUAAUUAUAAAAAAAAUGACUUCAAUCGCUGUAAUGUUAGGUCAAGUGUUACACAGAGAAGUUCUGAAACCUCGCAUCGUCAAUGUUAGAGUAAUACAACAAGUCUACGAUCAACGUUUGCACAUGUUUUUUCCAGAGCCUAAAGACUUUAAAGUAUUUGAAGACAAAGUCAAGGUCAAUCAUGGUGAUAUUGUGAAAAUUGAACAGCUUCCAGAAAAGUUAAGUGUAGAAGUAGAGCAUGAAAUAGUUGAGGUUGUCUUUCCCAUGGGACGAACUGUUGACCCUUUGACAGGAAAAAGGUGUCGAGGCAUGAAAUUUAUUGAUGAAGACUCCAGAAAAGAGGAGAGCAAAAGAGUAGCAGAAAUGAAAGAGUGGAAGGAUUAUCCACUCUAAUUAUUUUUAAAAUAUUUAAUGCUUUGUUUUUGUUUUUUUUACCAAUUGUUGUAAAUAAGAUUAAAAGGAUUCCUAAAUGCUA